AGAGCAAAAGGUCAUCCAGCACCUGAUCCAUUUUAUGUUGAUCAAGCUCAGAAUACUGUAUUGCAGUUAGAAUCAUUAGGAAUUAUAGCACACAUUGAAAAAUUUUUGGAAUCUGAAUCCUGUCCACAGAUUUGUUAUGCAGAUUGGUUUGGUUCAAAAAAUAAAUUCUCAAAAAGAAACUUUGGAACAUUUAGUAAAACAUCUCAACCACUUAAAUCUACAAAUCAGAAAACAUUGAGUCAGUCUAAUUUAUUGAAUAUUUCUUUUUCUUCAAGUCCUGGAACAGGUACAAGAAAAAUGCCAGAAAUCACAUCUAUUCUUAAAAAGAAAACAAGUACUGAUGGGGAAAGGCAACAAUUGUUAUCUACAGUUGGACAAGGAGAUGCUGAUUCAGAUGCUGAAACUACUCAUUCACCUGGAACUAGUGAUGAAAUGACACCAAUAUUAGGACGGAGGGGAAAAACAGAGAGCAGUAGUCAUACAUCGGCAAGUUCUGAUGCUGAUUCAAGAACAAGUAGUGAAGGAGCAAUAUAUAGGGUAUAUUUUUCAAAAUUAAUGUUAUUUAUAAAAAAUCAAUGUAAUGGAAUUAUAUUUAAAUUAUUUCUUUAUUCAUUUCAAUUUAAAAGAAAUCGGGAAGAUCUAGCCUUACUCUUGCAACAUUUGGGUUAUUGGUUUAUG